UUUUUUCUCAACGCUCACUCUUCAUAUCUCUAUUCCUCUCGCGUGUAUUCUCCUCCUCUCGUUCGUUCGAACGAGAUUCGAUAACUUGACUGAACUAAAAAAUUCUCGAAAUGCUCGAAACACUUUUCGAAAUACUUCUAUCUUCUUUCAUUAUCGCAUACCGAACCGAUAUUUUUUUUUCUUUUUUUUUUUAGCUCAUCCCUCGAUCGCUAAUUGUUCAAUAAUGUUGUCUGAAUUCGUAUCUAUUUAAAUCCCUUUCGUCCAUCUUUCUUCCUUAUUUUCUUCUUUUUUUUUGUCGUAUCUUUUCUUUCGCUAUUUCAUUCUUCAGGUAGAUUUCACCAUUCUCCCCCCUCCCUCUUCCCCUAUAAACGAAUAAUAAAGUUUCUUCUCUUUUUUUUUUUCCAUUUUUCUUUCUCCUUUCUUGAACUUUUAUUGAAUGUAACAUCAUAUUCCGUCGAGGAUGGAUAUACAUUACACAGCUGACGCUGAUGAUUUUUCACAGAUUUCUGGCAGCAUCUAGGACAACGAAUAAUGGCUAGGACGACGAAUAAACCUCGAAGGAUGUACCCUUGCGGAAAGUGUCAGAAGAUAUAUUCGAACGCAUCCUCGCUCUACCGCCAUUUGAAACUCGAAUGCGGGAUGCUCCCGCAAUUCCACUGUCCCUACUGUCGCUUCAGCUCAAAGAGGAAAUUCAAUUUGGACUCUCACGUGGCACAUAAGCAUAGCAAAUUGCUCAACUGUUAUGUAAAUAAAAUAGGAUAAAACUUUAUUAUUAUCAUGCUGCCGAUACGAUCUGGAAUUUUUCGUUCCGGAGGCUGAAACGAGGAAGAAUAAUUAUUUUUCAUUAUUUCAAUUGAAUUAUUUAUAUACGAAACAAAUUUCGAAAACGAGUAAUCCGAAAUAAAAUUGCGACUUUUCUACACACCGUACAAAUCAUCCUUGCUUCUUUCAGAUCUGGACACUUUUGAAAAUGACGUCUGUUUGAUCAACGAUCGAUCGACGAUCAUUUUUAAAAUAUCCACUGGAUUUGGAUCUUAAUUAUAAGACGCAUUAUAUAUUAUAUAACGUUAUAUUAUAUAUUAUAUAAGAUAACGUUAUAUUAUAUAUUAUAUAAGACAACAACUGUAAUUCAGACAAACUGUCUUUUGAAAACUAACCAGAUCUAUAUUGACAACGCGAAUCAGUCACCACUUCUCCACGAUAAGAUAAUAACGAAUUUAUACAGAAAACGAAGUUGUGUAGUCGAUACGGAUAUUCGUGUCUCUUCUUCAGUCUAUAAUCGUUCCUUAUAAUCCCAAAAGUGUAAAGAAUAAACCGCAUGGGUAAUUACGUGUGCAUUUCUUACAAUCUCAUUUCAUCUUUUUACACGCUCUCUUUCUCUUCCUUUCUCUUCCCUUAAAUUUAAAAAAAAGAAAAAAAAAAAAAAAAAGAAACGUGUUGAACACUAUCGUUAAUCGUUCGUUUAAUUUUUACAGAUAAAUAAUGUCGAUACAACGAUUAUCCACAAUUUCGUCGAGCAUACAUUCUGGAAAACGUGUUUUUUUUUUCAACGCAUUUAAUAGUUUCCUUUAAAACCUCGAUGCAUAUUUUUUGUUUCAGGACAUCGUGUAACGUCACCCGAAUCCCGUCCCGGUGAUCGAAAAAGGUUACUUACUGCUGUUACGUUCGAAAAAAAAAAAAAAGGAAAAAAAAAUGAAACAACGAAAAAAAAUAAUAAUAAUAAUAAUUUGUCUUUAAUCCUCUCUUUCAAAAAUACGUGUACGUGUUUCAAACGCACGCACGCCUCAUACAUAUACCAUACAUAAACUCACUGAAUGCAAAACAAAAUCUCUUGUACAUUAUAUAUAUAUAUGUGUAUAUAUAUAUAUAUAUAUAUAUACGAAUCCAAAUCAUUUAAGAUGGCCGAAACAUCCUGUUUUUUUUUUUUAUUAUUAUUAUUAUUAUCUUAUUGUGGAGGGUUGGAAAUUGGCAUCUUUUCAUCGAUAAGAAAAACGAGGGUCGAAGAGGAUGGAGAGACGAUACAUAUCAUGGUAAUCAUUGAUCCAUAAAAUUAACCAACCAUACACUAUAAGCUUUUCAAGUUAUUACUACAACUACUAGCAAUAUUUCUCAGUCUCUCGAUCUCUCUUCGCAACCUCUUUACAAACAACUCACGCCUAUUCACGUAAACACGGCAAAAUUUUAAACCACUGGGCGCACUUAUUUCUCGGGGCUAUUGGCUGAUACGUUAUGUGUUGGGUUGGUUACGGGUUUAAUCUCACUGAUCUCUCUUGCCGCCAUUAUAACUUAUUAUAUUCGUGCAUCGAAAACGGGAAGACUAAAAAAAAAAAAAAAAGAAAAAAGAAAGAAAGAAAGAAAGAAAAAGAAAAAGAUUUCGCAUCAUCGCUCGUUCCACGUAUAUAUAUUUUAUACAUAUACAUCCCAUCCCCCCUCCAUCACCGUCAAAUUUUCUUUUUUUUUUAAAUUCGCGGAUCUUUUUUUUCUCUCCUCUUUUUUUUCGUUUCUCCCUCCCCAAAAAAAAAAUUUCUUUUCAUUCAUUGGAAGAAUAACCUCUUACCACGAUCUCGCGUCUCGCUUGGCGUCGGGACCUGUUGCAGGAAUGGUUGCAUUGCUGUCGUUGUUACGGUCGGAUUGCAAGCAGCAGCAGCCACAGCCACAACAGCAGCAGCAGCAGCAGCAACAACAGCAACAACAGCAACAACACGCCAGUAAGAAGACUCGGCCUUCGUCAUCGAGCACGUCGACCACUACGACGACGAGGGGCGGUAUCGUUCUGGCGAGCAGACGCGUAAGCAACACUUGGGACAGUAAUAGUUACGACAGUGGAAACGACAAUGGCGGUGGCGCACGCGCGUCCACGCGCGAGGUCGUAUUUCCCGACUCGUUCGAGGUGUUGCCCCAACCUUGCGAUCUGAGCGUCGUUUACAUGGGCGUGCCGCACGAGCAACAACGAAAGUUCAGGUGUCAAUUUUGCGGGAAAGGUUAUAGGUGGAAGAGUACGAUGCGCCGCCACGAGAUGGUCGAGUGCGGCGGGAAACCGCCUGCCUUUCAGUGCCCUAUGUGCCCGUACAAGGCAAGGCAACGCGGCAAUCUGACCGUGCACUACAAGCGGCACCAUCAAAAGAUCGAGUACGACGAGGCCGCCUAAUUUUCUUGGCGCACGGAUAAUUAAUUUUUGCGCUUUGCCGAUACUUUUCCUUGGACACUGGAAAAAUUAUUUCGAAGCGCAGAUAUCUAAAGAUAAUCGAUAAUCUUUAUGCUUGCGUGUGGUUUUUAAUCGUAGCGGUCGUUGACGGGAUAGAUUUCGUUCUUUUUUACCGACAGAUUUUAUUGCGCUACGUAAAAUUAGAGGGUUAUCAUCGGAGGAGGUGCUUAAGCGCUUAAAUUUUGAAUAGAGAGAAAUCAAUCUUUAAAAAUAUUCUCGAUCAUAAGUCUACGUUUGGAGUUUUCAUUGACCUUCAGAUAUAAAGAAAAGGAGUUUCGAAAGUAAUUUUGCCUAAAUAUCGCGGUUAAUAAUAUCUUCUUCUGUUUUUAACAGAAGAAAGCUAAAUUGCUAUAAAUUAUUCGCGAAUGUUAAAAUCUACAUGCAAAUAUGAAAUUAUCAGUUAGUUUCAGACUUUAGAUGGUACUUUUUGAGUUCACUGACGAGAGAAUCAUCUUAUAUAUAUAUAUAUAUUUUUUUGUAAACGAUUCCGUCUAGGUUUCCCUUUCAUCUGACUUCCCUUAUCGUGUCUAAUUUUUUUUUUUUUUCUGUUUCUUUUUCUUUUUCUUUUUUUCAGAUGCUGUACAUAGCAGAUGAAAACGCGUACGUGAAAGGAAUCGUUUGAUCUUUUUUUUUCUCGAGUUUGUUACCUCAAUACCGCGAAUUUAACACGUAUCUCGACGAUCUGUGUACAUAAUAAUAAUCUCAGUUUAUUUACCAAUUUAUUUAAACUUUCUUUAAAUGUCUAGCAACAAUCGUUUUUAUAUGAUUUUAGUUAAUCGAUAACUAAUUAUGCUUAUACGUACGGAGGUCGAUUAUAUUUAACAUUCGGAUUUUUUUCUUCUUUUCUUUCUUUUUUUUUUUUUUUGUUAUGCAUUUAAUUUCUCCGCUACGAUCGUACCGCAAUCGGCGCGAAACUGAAACGCGUUUCGCUGGGGCGAAUCAAACACGAACAAAUUUAUUCGAAAAAGAAUACUUUCGAACCUCGAGAUAUUUUAUGCGAAAGAAAAGAAUUACUAAUUUUAUAAUAAAAUGAAAUCGAUCAAACGUAAAAUAAUCGAAAAAAAAAAAAAAAAGAAGAAAUUGACGAUCGUGUUACCACUUUUGGAAUUUUUUCUUAUUCAUAGGAUAUUAUAUAUAUAUAUAUAAUAUAUAUAUAUAUAGGUAUUUUCUAGUACUUUUAUACAUAUCUUAGAUAUUUCUCUUCUUAGAUGGUAAGAUUGAUUUUAAAAAAAAAACGUUACAAGGUACAUUAAACGGUAAAUGGAACUGAUAUUAACAGUUACGAAAUCAUAAAUCAUUCCGAGCGUAAUUAGGUAUAAGAGAUACAAUUAGUGCCUUCUUUCGACAAAACAGGAAAAAGAAAAAAAAGAAAUAAAUAUAUAUAUAUAUAUAUAGUAUAUAUUUGCACGUAUAUAAUAAUAUACACUUACGCGCGCACUAUAUAUAUAUAUAUUUGUAACAAUUAAGUAAAGUCGCGUGACGAUCGUGCAUUUGCCAUGAUCAUUUAUUAUGCAGAAAAAUCGGUUACCUGACAACACUUAGAUUUACGAUAGAUGAUAAUAACAAGAUAUCUUUCAACUUUGCCUAUCGUGUUAUAAUAUUAAUACAAAUCAAUUUUCCUUAAAUUACAAAAAUAUCUCGAUCGCAAAGAAUACGUUUAAAAAACGUUAAAAAACGAGAAGAAAAGAAAAAUAGAAAGAUAAGGCAAGGUGGAAGAUAUACCGUAAGAGAAAAAAAAAAAAAAAAAAAAAACGAAACAAUGAAUCCCAGAGUUAUAACACACCGUAUCGUAUAUAUAUAUUUUUUUGAAAUAUAUCCCAGAUCGAAUCUCUGUGAAUCGCGAUCAACGUUCACGUCAUAUCAGCGAAAUAACGAUAUACAUAUAUAUAUAUGUAUGUAUAAUUAUAACGAUGUUAUAAUCGUUAUCGUUUUGCUAUACGACAUAUAUAUCAUACGACAAUCGACGAUUUAUAAUUUUUAGGGAUCAUCGUAUUUUCUUUCGUUUUUUCUUUUUUUCUCACCAUUUUUUUUUUUUACAUAUACAUAUAUAUAUAUAUAGACGAAUUUACCAAUGGCGGAGAAACAUUUUUCUCUCCUACGUCUUAAUCUAUAGAGGAAGGAUCGUAUAAGUCUUUGCUCAAGCAAAAGGGCCGAUCUCUCUGCGCGAGUACUUGAAUGUAAAUUAUAAUUAUUAUUAUUACUAUUAUUAUUACUAUUAUUAUUACUAUUAUUAUUACUACUAUUAUUAUUCUCUUAAUUUAAUUUGGAGGAUGAAAUGGGUGUAUCGUCGAAAGAUUUCUGAACAUUUGCCGAUCGAUGAUAUAAACGCGACUUAUUAUUAUUAUUAUUAUUAUUACUAUUAUAACUUGAACAUUCCUUAGUCUUUCCGAGAUCGACUCGUUUGUCGUUUCUAUUAUACAAUUAUAUAUUAUAUAUUCGUAUUCUUAGCCUUAUUAUAAGUAGCAACGUUUUUUUUUUUUUUUUUUUCCAUCUUUCAACAUACAUGCGCACAGUAGAGACGAAAGAAUAAGAGAGAGGGAGAGAAAGAGAGGGAGAGAGAGAGAGGGAGAGACAGAGAGAGAGAGAGAAAUAUAUAUAUAUAUAUAUACAUACAUACAUACAUAUAUGCAAAGAAUGAGAAGAGAAAACGAAAGGACCCGUUUUGAGAGUGAGAUCGUUCUUUAAUCUAAACGCGGUCCAGUAUUUUUGAUAUCAGUAUUUAUGGAUGCUCGCAUCGACCUGCCUACGAACUAACCUAGGAUAUACUCGUUGUACCCAAUCUCACCCAAUUUUUUUCUCUUUUUUUUUUUCUUCUUCUUUUUCUUUUUCUUCGAUACCCCUUCCCCCGCGUUCGUUUAUCGAGGGCCCGCGAACGCGUGAACGUGAACGAAGGUUUUUCCUCCUCUCGACAAAAUUUCUCCCCCUCCCGACGAGAGGGAAGAAAGAGAGAUUGGAUUUUUAAAUAAGAAGGAGUUUUGCGUGCUGCUCGUUUGUUGCGUCGAGGGGCAAACAACAAUCGACCACCACGAUUCACCACGAUGUUCUUCUUUUUCUUGAUCGGCGCUACAUGUUCAAGGGAGGGGGAGGAGGGAGGGGAGGAGGAAAGGAAAGGGAAAAAUACCGUAAAAUACGUUUACUGAACGGAUUCUUUUCAUUUGUCUGCCUCGUGCCUUCCCUCGUCGAUUCUUGUUAUAUAUCUUGUUCCAAUUUCCGAGUUUGCAAAUGUGAAUACCGUCUUACAAAUGUCUAUGCGAGGAAGGACAACGCAAAUCGCCCAUCUCGAAUACUCGUUCCGCGAUAAUCCUCGAGGAAAAUCCUCUUUUAUCGAGAAAGAAAGAAAGAAAGAAAGAAAGAAAGAAAGAAAAAAGAAAAAAAGAUUUACCAGUCGGGCCACGAAUACCCAUUACGAUUAAUUAUCAACAAUUAAUGUUAUUAUUAACAUUAUUAUUAUUAUUAUUAAUAUUAUUAUUAUUAAUAUUAUUAUUAUUAUUAUUAUUAUUAUUAUUAUUAUUAAUAAAAAAAAAACAAUUUUUGUUGCGGGUUAUUUUCUAAAGAUUGUACUAUUUUUAUUCUUAUUUCUCCCUUCAUCAUCAUCAUCAUCACACCUUCACGUUUCUCUCUCUUCCCGUGAGCGAAAUUUUCAUUCGGCUGUCGUUCUCUGGUUCUUCUCACGAAAAACGGAAAAAAAAAAACCAAAAAAAAAAAAAAAAACCAAAAAAAAAAAAACAAAAAAAAAAAAGAAAAAAAGGGAAAGACAAAAACGAGAGAAAAAAAAGAAAGAGAAAAGAUUACACGAUCGCUGAGACGAGUUGAUCGCACCGAUUGAUCGAUCGAGUCAAAUCCGAUUGUUCGACCGAUGGACAAUUAAAUUUUGGGGCUAACCAAGAAUUUCUGUUUUCAGCGUAUUGGUACCGGCUACCCAUCAGUUUCGAGACCUAUCCCUGCGACACAUGCGGAAGGCAGUACAGGAGGGUGAUAUCGUUGCAACGGCACAAGAGGCUCGAGUGCGGGAAGGAGGCCCAAUUCGAGUGUGUCCUUUGCCACGCUAAAUUCAAGCAUAAGCACAGUUUGUUGAGGCAUUAUAACGUGCACGUGGCCGACGUGAAGAAAACUACCAAGCUGGAGCGCGAGGAGAGGUCGGCUUGACAGCCAGAGCCGGGGACUUCGAUGCGUGGAAAGAGAUGCCACGGCCGUUGACCACGCAGGUUCUCCGCGCCGGUUUUCGACACGGAACUUAUAAUCCCAUAAUUUCUUAUCCGACGUCUUAUCCCGCUUAGAAUCGAUUCUCGACCAUCUUUUUUUCUUUUUUCUUUUCUUUUCUUUUCUUUUUUUUUUCUCUCUCUCUUUUUUUUCCCGACCGAUUCGAUGUUCGCGUUUGCAUGCGUUUCCGUAUAUUUUUAUUGCGGCGAAAAGGGAUUGUUACGGUUGAGUCGGUAAAAAAAAAAAAAAAAAAAGAAAAAAAGAGAAAAGAUCGCGUCGAUCUGAACGAGCUGGUUUCGAGGGAGAAGAGACUGUCGAGUCGGACAGGCGAACGCUGUGAGAAACGAGUCGAGUCGAUUCGAUUCGAAGCUAGCGAUCUUCCAGUUUUGUCCGGUGUAUGGAGAAAAGAUCGAUACAAAUGAAAGUUUGUUUAUUUUUUUUUUUCAAUGGGAUAUUUUUCGGAAUGGUACGCUUUUCGAAAGCAAGUUUUUUCACAUUUUCGAAACGAUGUUUGAAAUUGCGUGUUUUCUUUUUUUUUUUUUUUUUUUUUUUUCUAUGAAAUUUAUAAAAUUUUUGAUUUGUUCCGUUAUCGCGGUGAAUGAGCGAUUGUAAUUCUUUUUUUUUUUUUUUUUUUCUUUUGGUGAUGGUUUCUCGAGAAACGAGUAUCGAUCUCGUUUUCUCCGAUUUUUCGACUUUUUUGACCUUUCUAUUGUCGAACGAUUUUUAUUUGUUUUACGUUUGUAACGUUAACGACAAUGAUGAUGACACGAAGAUGAAAGAAAAAAAAAUAUAUAUAUAUAUAUAUACAUGUGUACAAAAAUUUGUAACGGAAACGAAGACAAGAGCACAAGCGACGAUAAUCGUGUUGAGUGUGUACCUCUGAAAUGAAGUUUGAAAAAAAGUUCAAUAGUAUUCGUUUGUAUUAUAUUAUUAUACUACAAUAUAUUUCGUAUAUUGUUUAUUUUCUUUCUCGCGUACGUACAAUUUUUUUCAAUUCUAAACAAUUCGAUCGGAUUAUUGGGAUAAUUUUUCUCUCUGUUUCAGUUAAUUGAUUUGCGUAAUUCAUUUCUUUGUUACGAUGAAUAAAAUUUAUAUUUUCCAACGUACCACUUGUUUAUUACACGUGUGUUAUCAUUUUGCUUUGCAAUGUGUUACUAUUGAUUUCAUUUUUUCUUCAGCAAACUUGCCGAACAAAAUCGAUUUCCCUCAAAAAUCGAAAAACCGAGAGUGGUUCCUUUUAUUACGAAAGAAAAGGAAAGGAGAGGAAAGGAGAGGAGAGGAAAGGAAAAGAAAAAUGGAAUCAGAAUGCCAAAUAUCGAUAAACACUCGAACACUCUCUACAUCGUUUGUUUCCGUUUCAGGUUAUUGGCUGCUGUUCUAACAGAUAAGAACGCGAUCGAGGAAAUGGCACACGGUCGACCCAAGGACAAUCACGAGGGAAUCGUGCUCGAACAAGCGUUUCGAUAAAUCAUUGAAAUCGAAUCGUGCACAACUCGACUAACAAUCUCAACAUUCACGUGUUCUGCGCGAAACGAUGAAAUCCCAAGUGUUCUAUAACCAAAAAUUAUUUUGUAACGAAUUAGGGAAGAGGGCGAAAAAAGGAGGGAGAAAUUAGUAAUAAAUAAACGAAUGAAAAAUCGACUCAUUUUUAGAAAGCUAUCAACAUUCCAGAUCAAAUAUACCCUCGUUAAUUAAUAAUACCUGUAACCUUCUCUCUUCCUUGCAACUUUCCUCACUUCCAAAAUAAACUCUUGGAGAAUAAAUGGAAUCAUUUCCUUUUUUUUUUUUUUAUCGUUCAACAGAACGAAUGAUCCAAUAUUUUCAGGUAGAUAUCUCAUUGGCUCGUUCAAGAUUGUAUUAAAACGUUACGUCACGGUCGGCGCCAAGAACGAGCCAAGAAGCUGUCGAACGUCGAUUUGGGGAACAGUAGUACAUCCGUAUUCGAUUUUUCAGGUGGUGUGGCCCGGUUCGAUGGGAAGAACUCGCUAUGGUCCAAGUAGACGCCGAUGCCCGAAAUGCUUCAAAUGUUUUAAAUCCUCGAAAUCGUGCUGCGACCACCGAGGUGCGACACCGACAAGAAAUUUCGUUGCGCGUUCUGCGAUCUGUCGGUCACAUCAAAAGGGGAAGAACGUGCUCCGCCAUCUUGUCAUCUUGGCAGCAUCGAGAAGCUAGCCGGAAGAGACGCGUCAACUAAGACGUCACCGAACAGCUGAAAAAGUUGAAAAAGAAUAUCAUCGAAGAUAUUGUCGCGCUCGUCGAUCGUUCUUUCUCCCCUCUCCUCUCCCCCCUCAAAAAACGAAUGUACGACGUAAAUGUACAUAAUGCGAGAUAUAUAUAUAUAUAUAAACUUUGCGAGGAUUUUCGCAAGAAAAAGUGUGCGACGAAACGUGUUGUGUAAUUUGUAUUUGUUUUAUUAUAUCGAUCGAAUAGGAAAGAUCGUCUUCGAUUCGAACGACGGACAAUUUAUUCCUUCUUUUUAGAAAUAAAAGAGAAAAGAAAGAAGAAAGAAAGAAGGAAGGAAGGAAGGAAAGAGAUGAACGAGAGAUCUUCGAAACAAACAACUUCGAAAACAAGCGCAAAUUUUAUUCUUCGCUCGUUUGCCAACCGUUUUUGACCGGUUUUUGGUUGGUUAAUUAACACCCGUGUCGUCGAUAUUAUCGAUGGGACGAGGGAGAGCAAAGCGUUCGAGGAGAGCACCGAUCUGCCGGUUCAAGCGUGGAAGAUCCAGGAGCAGGGGCUGUUGCCGUUCGCCGAGCUCAAGAUACCGAAGGCGUGCAACUACGUCGGCAAGAAGCCGCCGGGACAGUUCGGGUGCAGCAGAUGCGGAAGAUCGUACAUGAGGAAGGACUCGCUGCAGAGACACGUCCACUGGGAGUGCGGGAAGGAGCCACAGUUUCAGUGCCCAUUCUGCCCUCAACGGUGCAAGCGGAAAGCCCAUUGGCUCCGACACAUACGCCGCCAACACUUGGACAAAAUCGGGGACAUGGAGGCAUACCUGCUCGCGUACACGCCGAAGCUCGAGAUAGAUUAAAAUGAGAGAAAGAAAGAAUCGUUUUCACGCUCGUUUUCACACAUUGUUCGUAUAUUCGUAUCGCGGCGAAAAUUUUUUUCUUAGAUCACCGAUCCUCGGGGACGAUCCGUUUUGACGAUCUUUGUCGAACUUUGUGCGAUUAUUUACUUUUUCUCUUUUUUUUCUCUCCCCCUCCCCCACCAUCAUCACUCUCACCUCCCUCUGCCACCUUUUUUCUUUUGGAAAUUUUGACGAAUUUGAUGCGUGGAACUGGUAAUAGUCGAGCUUUGCGUCGUUCAUUCCUUUCCCUCCUUUUAUUUUUAUUAUUAUUAUUAUUAUUAUUAUUAUUAUUAUUAUUAUUAUUAUUAUUGUGUAAAAAUGUUAAGAAACGAUGAGAAGAAAGGGCAGCUUCGACAGGGUUUUAUCAGUGAACCACCCAUCGAGUGAUUUUGAUCCGAGUCGUUUAGAGAUUAUUUUUAUUUGCAGAACUGAUCUAUUAUAUAGAAGUAUUGAAUGCGUUUAGUAUCGUGAUAUAUAUUUUUCCUGUGUUUUUUUUUUUAAUGAUUUUUUUAUUAUCAUAUAUAUAUUGAUAGAUAUACAUUGAUUGGAGAAGAAUUGUAUGAAUGAAAUUUCGGAUUUUAAUCUAAUCGGAUUGCAGGAAAUAAUAUGGAGCUAGCUUUGUAAUGGAAUUAAGCAAAGAUGUUUUUUUUUUUUUUUUUUUUUUUCCCUUCUUUUGAAAAGUGCGAAAUAAUCGUAAUCGUGAAUCUUGUACUUCGAAGCUUAAUAACACGACUGAUAAUUUAUUUACAAAUAUGUAACAUAGAAUUUAUUAGUUAAUUUCAUGCGCUUUAUUUUUUCUUUUUAUACGUUUUGCGAUCUCUUACUCUCCUUCCACAUACACGUACCGUCCUCCUCACCCCUCCCUUCUUUGCGACGAAAUUUCGAACAAUUGUACAUUUUUCUAAAGCGAGAAACAAAAACUCCGUCGAUCGUAUGUACAGUUGUACUCCAUCCAGUGCCUUAACGAGAUAGAUAUAAAUUCGUCGACCGAGACAAUAAAGUUUGCGAGUUUUCUAUAUAUAUAUAUAUAAAAAAAAAGAAAAAAAAAAAAAAGAAGAAGAAGAAGAAAAAGAAGAAGAAAAAGAAGAAGAGGAAGAAGAAGAGGAAGAAAAAGAAGAAAAAAGGAAACAAAAAAAGAACAAUGAUGAGCGGAAACAAAAAAAGUACACGCAUACAUAUACACACACACACACACACAUACAUACAUACAUAUGCAAGAAGGAAUUAGCCUUAAAAAAAAAAAAAGAACAAAAAACUUGAUUUAGAUCGUAAAACGAUAAGUAAGACUAUUUUCUAUGUUAAGCGUGUUAGGAGGAUAAACGACGAAUAGGUUCGUGUGCGAACUUUUCACUUAAGACUGAUUCGUAUUUAAAAAAAAAAAAAUAACGCGAUAAAUCUACGAUUCGCAUUCAAUGUUGCAUUAUGAUUUUGCGACUAGUAUUAACGUUCUAACUAAGCGAGUCCAAAUCGUAUUUCGUACGUUUGAUUAAAUAAAUGUGUCGUAAAGACGAAAAUCAGUAUCAGAACGUCACCCAAAUAUACAUAUAUAUAUAUCUAAUACCUUGCCAUUACGCGUUGAUUUUUACAAUUCUUUUUUUAUUUUUUUUAUGUAUAUAUAUAUAUCCAUUCACGAUCGAGUAUCGCCGCAAAAUUGAUCCUUCCGUAAAUAGUAAAUUAAUCCGUUCGUAAAUUAUAUUUCAACUUGACGAAAUAUCAACGGUUUCAAGCGUAUUCACGUUACACACCUGAUAAUUUUUUUUUUUUUUUUUUAACAGCGAAAAAAAUAUUUCUCAACGAUGUUUGCCAGACUCUGUACUUUCCUUUUUUCGCAUUGUGCCCACACAUAUAUAUAUAUGAAGAUAUAUAUGUAUAUCUUCUCGCUCUCUCGUUUUCUCCUAUCUCUUUCUCUUUAAUCGUUCUCUCUUUCCUUCUUUCCAAUUUUCUCUUUCUCUCUCUCUUUCUCUUUCUCUUUCUUUCUUUCUUUCUUUUCUUUCUCUCUUUGUCUCUUUGACUCUCUUCGUUUCCUUCCAUCUCUGAAUCAUUUUUUUUUUCUAUGAUGAUCAGAAAUUAUAUUGUACAUUGUUGUAGAAAGUAAACGAUCGCAUCGGUGUACCCGUGUUUCAUCCAAUUGUGGGGGAAAAUAGAGCCGGAAGUCGGAAUCGGAUGACGAGGAGAAAGAAAAGAAUAGAAGAGAAAAAAAGAAAAGAGAGAGAAAGAAAAAUGAAAAUUUCUCCGCUGUAUUUAAUCCCCACGGUUCGGACGGAAAUACCACCGGCCAUCGUUGCGAUCCCCUCCCCUUUUUCUUCGUUUUUUUUUUCGGACGCGUUUCCACAUUGCAAUUGCAUCUCUCUCUCUAUUGAAUUUUUUUUUUGACCUCUCUCUUCUCUCCUUCUCUCGUCGAUAUAUUAGGGGAGUAGCAUGUGCACUAACUCUUCUCUCGAAAACUUGUACAUAGAAACACGUCUUUUUUAUCGCUUGUGCGUCGAAAGGAACAGACACCGCCAUGUGGAAGAGAGAGAGAGAGAAAAAAAGAAAAGUGUGGAUCACGGAUGGAACACACGAUACGAUUGUGUUAUUUUUUUCUCUCUCUCUUCUUUCCUUUUUUUCUAUUUUUCUUUUUUUCUUUUCUCAAAAAUAAAUCGAAGGAAUAGGAAUAAUAUAUAUAUAUGUAUAUAUAUGUAUGUGUAUAUAUAUAUAUACACAUAUAUAUUUAUAUAUAUAUAAUUCUGUUUCUUUCGUCACGCACAAAUACCGCUCCUUCUUCGUAUGCGAAAUUCAUAGCUAGCUGCUUGGGGCUCGAACGUAGGGAUACGAGACAAACGUGCAUUAUUAUUCUCUCUUCCCUUGACAAUAUAUAAUAUAAUCCAAUACGAUCCAUUUCGAUCGCGUGGAGUGGUGGUCGAGCUCGAGAACGAAUCGUGUACCGAUCGAAACAACCGAAAUAAUACUAUAUACCGAUCGGGCCGAACGAUUCCUUCACGAAUCUUCGUCGAACAAAACGCGAUCGCUUUUCAGGAAACCGGCGAAAAUGAUCUUUCGCUUCGAACAGCUGGUAAUUUUCUCUUUUCGAAUUUUUGCCAGAUAAAGGAAAAGAGGAAAAAAAAAAAAAUAAAAAAAAAGAGAUCAGAGAAAUGCAAAAGAAGAGAAAGAGAAAAGAUACGAUUUUUCCUUUAUCCUAUAUUUAUUAUAUAAUGUGUAUAUACAUAUAUAUAUAGAUAUAUAUAUAUGUAUAUACACAUAUAUAUGUAUAUACAAAUAUACAUAUAUCGCUGUUCGCCAGCCGAAGACCGCUUUCGCACGCGCUUAGGCACAGUAGAGCCUAAGAUCAAGUUCGAAACGAUCGCGUUUCUCGAUCGGCUUUGUGUCGAUGGCCAGCGUUUAAGCUUAACAACCGCAAGAGUCGCGCAUUGCGAUUGAUAUAUACCGACAAACAGUAACGGAGAGGCCGAUCGACGCUCGGUCGAUCCAUCUCCGUGAGAACGGACGAACACGCACGAGCGAGCGAAUGAAAAUCGAACGAUCGCAUCCCAGGAUUAUAUAUAUAUAUAUAUACACACAAAGAGAGAGAAAAAAAAAUAAAGAAAAAAAAAAGACCGUCCAACUAUCGACUCACGGUCCCAAGUGAACAGCAUAAACUAAUAAAGUCGUGAAUCAUGUGUUCCAGCCGAAGACCUAAGCAUCACCGGGCUAAAGUGGGCGGCUGCCUGGCAAAGAUGGAGCGUUCCUUCGAUCAUGUGGCGGUCGGGCGGCGGAUUGGGCAAAGGGCUCGGUUCCAGCUCCUCGAAUCCCGAGGGUUUCAAUUGUCCGGCGUGCGGAAGGGUGUACAAGCUGAAGAGUAGCCUGAGAAAUCAUCAGAAGUGGGAGUGCGGGAAGGAGCCCCAAUUCCAAUGCCCUCACUGUGUGUACAGGGCGAAGCAGAAGAUGCACAUCGCGCGGCAUAUGGAACGGAUGCACAAAGAGAAGAUAUACAAGCAGGAGCUCGUUUAACGAGGAGGCUUGGUGAACGCGGAGAGUGACCGUCGACGUCGUCGCCCGGGCGCGAAAGAGGGGCCGAAUCGAUACGAUCCACCCACGUUGCGUUUUUUUUUCUAAUCGACCAUGUGCAUUUAUCCCGUCUUCUUUCGCGCUUGGUUGACGUUCCAACAACGAUCGUAGAGACAGGGAAGGGGGGGGAGAGAAAGAGAGAGAAAGAGAUAGAACACUUAUAUACACACUCACGUACACGUAGAGACACGACAUACAAUGGGAGAGAGAGAGAGAAUGCGAGGUAGAGUGAUAGAAUACGGUAGAAAAGAGGCAGAGAAGAAGAUGCGUGUAGAAACGAUCGAGGAACGACGAAGAAUGGACGACGAGAAAGAAAAAAGAAGAAAUGGAACGAGGCUAAAUUCGGCAAGGAUCCAGAACGAACGAACGAUCGAGAGCGGUGAGACCGAAAGACGACGCGGCUAGUUGAAUUAUCGCGGCAACUCCGCGAUAUCCUCCGACAUAUAUCACUCGGUUAUUUACUGCCGAUCCUCCUUAUCUCGAUUUUCGAUUCUAUUUUUUUUAACGUUUUCUAAGGUUUAUUAUUAUUAAUUAUUAUUAAUUGAUUAAUAUUGAUUAAUCGAUCGACUAAUGUUAUUAUAAUUUUUAUUUUUUUUUUCGCGUAACGAGAUGCACCGCGAAUAAACGAGAGACCGCGUCAAUCUCCCGCUCGGGGCGCUGCCUUCGCAAGGCAAUCGUCGUCCACUUGAAUCCACCGUGAGAAAAUGUUAGAACGUUUCUCCUCGAUCGAGGCGAUUGUACGCAACGCUCUUUUCGCGUUACGGUGUUCGUAUUCGUUCGAAUACAACACCGAAAAGCGAAUCGAGAUUUCCUACGAUCGACCGUCGAUCAACGAAAUAAUUCAUCGUAUCGUGUAUAAAUCGAAUCGUUGGAGACACUGUAUCCCGAUGAAUCAGCCGACUUUUAUCUAUCUCGAUAAGACGAAUGACGUAUAUAUUUAAUUAAUUUAAAUUUACCAACACAAAUCUCUAUUCGAUCGAUCGUCAGGCACUACAGUGUUUUCACCGAUCACCGUACACAAUUCCAACGCGUGUUUCCAUGGAUCCUAGAAGCUAGCCAAUACGGUUUCGGAGAAAGAAUCGAGGCGAACAAGAAUCACGAUAUCCUUUCGAAGUUUUAGAGUCGUCCGCUAGAGAACAGCCCGCCCCGAGUCGGAUUAAGACCGUCCGGUAAACCGGAGCUCUUCCAUAGCAACCAUUCUGGUCACACUGGUUCCAUAUUUUUAAACGGGCUAUGCCGUGCGCGUGUGGCUCACCGGGGACGCAAAAAGAGAAAAAGAGAAAGAGAGAAAGAAAAAAAGAAUACAAAAAAAAAAAGAAAAAAGGGAAAAAAAUGAAAAAGAGAAAAGAGAAAACUCCACUUUCGAAAUUUCACAUCACGAAUUUUUUUUUCUUUAAAACUCAUUCGGUAUCGCGGUAUCGAACUGAUUCUCGUGCUUCCUGUAUCAAAGGUUAGGAUUCAAACACGGAUACACCAAACUUGUUCUUUAAGCGCUAAGUUCACUCGAAUCGAGAGAAGAUUACAUUUCGUCGCGUUCAACGAAUCGCAUAAAAACUCACACACUACACGAUACGCGACGUUCCCAUUUUACACGCGGUCCGCGAAUGGGUUGGACACCCAUUGUCAUUUCCGACUCGCCUUUUCGAGAAAGGCAGCCAUUUUACGAUAUCCCUUCGUCGCUGCUGCCGCCAAGCGGUCAACUAGAGAGGGUACAGUAUUAAGCACCGAUUCGGUAUCAUUUGUAAGACCGAAUCGUCUUUUGCUUCUCACUAAUGCUUCCUUCCAUACGCAGAACUCUAAAGGAACACACGCACACACACACAUACACAUAAACACACACACACACACACAUCCAUGAUAUAUAAUUACGAACAUACAUACGUAUACAUGUAGACAUAUACACGCAAUCCCAUAAGACUAAUCGAGAGCGCUCAUGCGCGCUAUACAGGCGUACACACACUAAUUAGACAUAUAUUUUUUUAAGUUCAGCGGGAUAUUCCUAUAGCAUUGUGAUCGUCAGACUGCCAGAUACACGAACCUAGUAGAUUCCUAUACGAUGCAUUUAAGUAUAUACAUAUAUUUAUAUUAUAUAACGCGUAAUAAUUAUUGCUUUUUAAUUAAGUGAUUGCUCGAGUUAAGAUCAUCCUCGUACGAUAUUUUUUUAAUGCACUGCCGAUAAGCCUAGAAGCACGUCAACCGGCUCGAUACAACGAUCCUUCAAAGUGUCGCGGAACCAAAAUGGCCGAGCGCGGGAAUAUAAAAUGACGGUUCGCUUUCCGUCCUUCCCCAUCGUCCAGCCUUUCGUACAAAGUUCUUCCACAUUAUAGAUACCGUAAUCGCGAUUUUUUUUUUUUCUUUCAUCAAUCGUAUAUACUACUUUCUCACUUUUGUCGUUAUUGUUCUUCGAGCAGUUGAUUCGUUCGAUUUAUUCUCAGCCACAAAUAGCGUUCGGUACCUGAAUCUCAACUUCGAAAUAAAUUCGAAGGAUUAUUCGAAUUUGAGUCGUUUCGAACGUGAUUAAAACUUGCAACUUUUAAAAAUAUUGAUAAAUAUUUAUUAUUGAAUUUUGACAGAUCUCGAAUGUUUGAAUUUACAAAGUUCUUGUCCAAUUUUAUGACGUAUAUAUUCACUCCGAAUCAUUCACGAUCGUUCGAAUUCCAGAUACUCCGAUAUUUCUCUCAAGUAAUAGUUUAAUUACGAUCAGAAUUUGAAAAUCUAUAAAUCCUAUCGAGAUUCAACAUUCAAGACCUUCAAAGGAUUCAACGAUAUUGAAAAAAGGUAGAGUUGCAUUCGAAACGAUGCAAAUUCGUUGCCAUCUAUAUCCGCAACAGAUUCGAAGUUUUCCAAUAUCGCGGAGUAGGAUGAUGGUGGAUCAAAGAUCCGUGCUCGGCAAAAAAAAAAAGAAAAAAAAAAAGAAAUACCUGGCAUCGAGUCCCGUAUUCCUACGCCAAAUGCGCGCGUCACGGCUGCCCGACUUUCCAUACUGUAGACAAUAUUUAUGAGACAAGCUAAACUAAACUAAACUAUAUUAUGCUAUACUAUACUAUACAAUACUAUACUAUACUCGUAAUUCAUAUUAUACAGUGUAAGUAAGCGCAACGUCUGACGCGAACGAGAAAGCGGUAGGUUUAAUUCUAUAAUAUUAUUAUAAUUAUUUUUUUUUUUUUUUUUUUCUGUCGUUGACUGCAUUCUCUCCGCGUUUUCCUAGGACGAGUUCUCGAUCGUAUCAUAGCUCGCGCACACCAUCCUUCUCGGUCACGAAGAGUCGAUUCUCGUAUCGAGAACAUAUACAUACACAUAAACAUAUAUGCACACAUUUGUGUAUACAUUUUACAACAAUCUUAAUCCGAUUGACAAUAGCCCCGACAAUAGCGCUUUAAAGGGAGAGAAUCGUCUAGAUCGACGUUCGAAAACGAUCCCUUCGACCGCUUUCGAAUAAAGCGAAACGAAGCAGGCCAGGAUCGACCGUUUCUCCACACGAGUGCAAUAACUAGCCAUUCUCCAUUAUAUCCUUUCGACCCGUACAUAGUUUUUUUUCCUCUCACUUUGCCCGGUCACAUUUCUCUGUUUACGUUAUUCGAUCGGUCGAGAACUCGUUCGUAGACGCGUGUAAUCGUGCAUUGAGCGAACAAACGAGCGAGAAACGACGAGGACAACGAGAAAGAGAGAGAAAGGAUGAUGAUCAGGGAGAGGAAUUGAGGGAGGACGGAGACGAAGAUGCUCGCGCUCGCGUGGAGCGUGAGCGAGCGUAAGAACAUUUUUUUUGACGAAAUAGAAUCGAGAAAGAAUUAUCCAAAUGAUACACCAGGAGUGUAGUGUAAGGGCUUGGAGAUGUAGAUGUAGUUACUGCGACGACGGCGGGAAGACGGUAAAGAAAAAUAGCGUUAACGAUUAAAAAAAAAAAAAAAAAUAUGGAUCGUCUCUGAUGCAUAGUUACUGAAUAAUAUUAAUCGAUAAUAUACUACUGCCUCGCGAGGCCUUGAUGCGUGACGGCGGUCGAGAAAGAAAGAGAGAGAGAGAGAGAGAGAGGGAGAGAAAGAGAAAAAAGGGAAAAAAAAGCAAAGAAAGAAAGAAAGAGAAGAAAAUUUAAUAAAAAUCGAACGAGAUCAGAGCUGGUAUCAAAAAAAAAAAAGGAAAAAAAAACGUUCGCGGGAAUAAUUAUUAUUAUUAUUAUUAUUAUUGUUAGGGGAUGAAAUGCUUGAAAAUCAUAUUAAGAGCGGUGAUUUCGAAGGUCGACGAGCCACGACCGACCGCCGUCAUCGACGGAGAUUACUAGAUUAUUAGGCACGUAAGAAGUACUAUUAGGUAGAUUACGUAGGAUUUAAUGACUCCUUUCUUUUUUUUUUUUUUUUUAUAAAUAUAUAUAUAAAUAUAUAAAUAUUAUAUAUAUUAUCUAAGCAGAGAAGAAAAGAAACGAGAAGAGACGCCUUAGCGUUCUCCUUUAGCGCGAGAAUCUGUGCUCGGCCAAGCCGGAGAUAAUUAAUAAUUAAAAGAGAUAAAUGGAGUGAUGAUGUUUCUCGGAGAGAAUACGCGUUUAUAUUGGGCGAUAUUUUGAUCGAUAUGAUUGAUCGAUCUCAAGACAUCGAAUUUAUAUCAUUGGAAUUAGAAUUUCUUUUUUUUCUUGUUCCUUGUUAUGUGAUCUUCAAUUGAGAAAAAAUGAUCUUUCGAAAAGUGAAAUAUUUUUGAAAUAGAUAAAUAUUUUCCAAGAAAAUGCGGAAACAAGAGUUAACUUCUUGAAGGAUGAUUUUAUUGAGAUUAUUAUUUUUAUAUAUAUAUAUAUAUAUAUAUGUAUAUUUUAUAUAUAUAUAUAUAUAUAUAUAUAUAUAUAUCUUUUAAUAAAUUUAAUUUCUUUAUUAAAGAAUUAAAGAAAUUAAAGAAUUGUUACUUAUCUUAUAGCAAUAUUUAAUAAUAAUAGAGACAACGUUGUACUUGUAUCUUUAUUUAAAUUAUGAAAAGUAUACUUAUAUCCUUCAAGAAUAGAUAAAACUAUUGGUCGACAAAUUGGUCACAAUUGUUCAACGAAAAAAGAAAAAUACUGUAAUUUUGAAUUUCGGAGCUCGAUCGAUUCGAUUAACCGAUCAAAGGAUGCCCAAUGGAAACGCGCCAUUAACUGAGCAAAACGAGUGGAAACAGAGAGCGAAAGAGAGUGUAUGCGUCUGCGUGAAAGGGUAAUUUCGAGUGGAGGAAACGUUCGAAAGAGGUCGUGUUAGGUAGUCGUGAUAAGGGGGAAAAAAAAGAAAAAAAAAAGAGAAAAAAAGAAGAAACGAAAAGAAAAGGCGAUAAACGAAAAUCGUUGAGCGGAUUACACGAUCCGGAAUCGACUUCGUCGAGAUCCAUUCGCAAGGAUAUAUCAAGCUUUCGUGCUUUCUUUCUUUAAUUUGUCCAAUCUUUUUGACAGCAGUCGAUCAUUCAAUAUUUAUCGAAAGUUUUUCUUCUUCCCUCGUCAAUCGAGAACUCAGUUCAUCGAUUGUUUCUUCAAUUGCGAUUGGCUAUUCGUUCCCAAUCUGUUCUCUUCUUGGUUAAAGUGUCUCAUCUCACGUGUUAUUUUUUAAACACGUAUGCAAAGUUAGUUGAAGAAAGGAAAGUUCACAAAGAGAUAAUUUCUUUUAGAGGAAUAAAUUAGAUUUGAUAUUCUGAUUCUUAAAAAACGCACACAACUUUUUAAUCUUAGUUUAAAAGUCAAAGGAUAUACAUGGAAGUGAUGAUAUUUUAAAAUGUAUCUUUUAAAAAUAAAAGUUCAGGACAUUUUAAUCAAAGAGGUCUGAGGAUUGAACGCAAACUUGAGGAUACUUUUACGGAUUAAAAUUCGUCUUCGUAAAUUAGGGAAUAAUUUCUUCAGAGGUUAAAAUUCCGAUUACCUCUAUCUUACAUUUUCUUAUCGAUUUUUCCUUUGUAUCACUCGCUUAUAUUAUUCCAUUCUAAUUUCUAGAUCUUCGAUUGUGUAAUAUAAAUCCGAAAGCUCUCGCUUAGCUUUUUCUCAGAAAGUUAACCGAUCGAUCAAGCUCAACGACGAUGGCGAGAUAAUCUGAUGGGACGUGUGAAAAAAAAGAAGAAAUGAAUAAAACGGCAUACAUAAAAUUUUGUACAAUUGUAAAAUUGUAGGUAACAACAUGUGCCUUUCGUAGCGUUCGACGAGAGAAAGAAACGCGAAUAUAAACAUAUUCUUGCGAAUAUUGAAGAAAAAAAAAAAAAGAAAAGAAAAGAAAAAAAAAUGAAUUUAUCGGGCGCAACUUUCUUCCGCGAUUGAAAUUUAUGCAGGGAUCGUUUUGCUUGAUUGCUGAAAACGUUGAUAUUUUUUUUAACUGACGUAUAAGAGAAGGAGAAAUAAGGUUAGGAAACGGGACGAUGAAGGGAACAAAGGUGGAAAGAGAAAAGAGAAAAAAAAUUAGGAACGAUGGAUGUCGUUCGAGAAAAUUCCGGGGAUUGCCGUCGGUUUCGAAAAAUGUAAGAGAAAGGAAAAAAGAAAAAAAAUUUAAAAAAGUAUAUAUGUAUAUGUAUAUAUAUAUAUAUUUAUAUAUAUUUAUAUAUAUAUACAUACAUACAUAUGUAAAGAAAUCGCGAUUAGAAAGAGGGGAAAGAAGAGCUAUAGAAUUUUUUAGGUAAAUAAAAAAGAGACAUUACACAGAGACAUUGUACACGAAAACAAAAUGUGCAUGAACAACACACACGUAUACACAAACACGAGAAGUUUUUCGUAAAGAAAAAAAAAAAAAAAAAGAAAAAUUGGAUUAGGUUCUUUACGAGCGUGUAAUCCCUCGUGCUAAUUAUUACCGCUUUUAAUCAGGUUUAACUCGAAUCUUUACGCAUUGUAAUUGGGCUUAUUGUAAUAUGUUUACUUACUUUUUUUUUAUCUUUCUUUUUAUAAUUAAGUAAUUUUUUUUCCAUUACGAAUAUUGGCUAAUCGCGUCGAGCAAAGGUAGAUUUCCUUGAAUUUUUCUUUAUUUUGGGUGUCGGUUUGGGAUUGGGAAUGCUCUAACCGAAGAUAAAUUUAAAAAUAAUUUUAAAAAGUAAUAAUAAUAAUAAUAAUGAUAAUAAUGCUAUCAUGUAAUGCAUUGCAAUUAUCGAGAUGGCAUUUUUUUAAAAGGAACGGCGACGAAGCAGAUAUAUAUAUAUAUAUAUAUAAGUUCUUCUUUUUUUUUUUUAAUUUAUUUGGCCUUUUUGACCCGGCAAAGAUUUUGUGAUCGUCAAUGUUUCGGAAAAUGUUAAGCAAGUGGAAGAAAGUACAGUCACUUAAAAGAAUCUUUGUUAAUUUUUUUUAUCAAAAAAAUUGUUUUUUGAAUUAAUUCUUAUCGAAACGUUUUCGCUUUUAAUAAAUUUUCACAACCGUGAAGCUUUGGGAUCUUUGUAUAAGAAAAAAACGAUUAGAAUAAAACGUUAAGAAUAAUAUUAAUUCUUAGUUUUUCAAAUCGCAAUCAGUAAAAAACAAAAAAAAAAUAAUAAUAAUGAUUCAAUAACAAAUUAUCAUAAUUUGGAAAAUUGACCAAAAUAAUAUCCAACUUAUUAGAAUUUCAUAUGAAUGAAAAUAUCAAUAAAUUAAUAAUACAUUGAUUCGAAGGAAGAUUUUAUUAAGUGACUAUAUGAGGAUAGAGUACGAUUGUUUAAAAAGUAAAUGGCUCGGUUUAUCAAUAAUUGUUGAAAUUUGAAAGUAUUUUUAUAUUAUAUCGAGGAUAUAAGAGAUUCGGUAUCGUUAUAUAGGGAAGACAGAGAAAAAGAUAUUUUGAUAUUUUUCAUUUUGUAUUUCACAUUUUGGCAUUGAAAUGCAUCUAGAGCGGAGGACAGAUUCUAGUGUUUUUACCACGGAUCAUCAUCGGUAAUUUUCGACUCGUCCGGGGGAAUUUCGAUAAUAAUUACGUAGCUCGCGAUUAGAUCGCGAUUUACGCGCCCAGUGUGAUACUUCUAACGACGAACGUUUAACGUUUUAAGGUCCGACGAGAAACUUCACUUGCCUGCUUUGAAUUUAAUUCCCUUAUGAAAUUUCCUUAGUACGAUCGAAGAGUUAUUAUUAGGAUUUAUAUAUUUUUUUCUUUUUUUUUUCUUUUGUUUUUUUUUGAGAAAAAUAUAUUCUAUUUAUUAAGAAGAUAGUUUUAACGCGAUUAAAAGAUUUUUCGAUUAUUCGAAAUUUGUAUUAAUAACAUAGGGAGAAAGAGGAGAAGGAAAAAGAUAUUAUAUAUAUUUUAUAAACCUUUAUCAUUUUUAGUACUAAAUGAGUAAAAAUGAGUGUGGUUUCUCAAACGGCCGGAUUAUUUUCUUUUAUUUCGCGGCACUUGUCGGAAGGAAGAAGCUUAUAUAACGUAUGAUUAGAAACGGUCCCGGCGAACGUAGUAGUAGCAUGGGAAAUUGAAUUCGUGUGUAAUAAAGUAGGACGAUAUGACGUAGGGCGAUUCGCGAAAAGCGGGACAAAUAAAUGCCAUCCAGGAAUUUAGAAAGUACAGCGCUUUAUUUUUUGUAUGAUAUAUAUAUUAUAUUUCUAUUCUAUUAUACCUUGGACAAAGGAAAAAGAAAAAGAAAUUUCCGAAAGAUAUAAGAUUUUCGAUUGCAAAGCAAUUUCGCUUUUUUAAGAUGGUUAGAACCGAGACACGUAGGGAAGUGAAACGCGUAAACGUGAAAGUGCGAGCGAAUUAAUCGAAUGAGUAGACAGUAGACAGAUAGAUUAGGUUAGAAACGAAAAGAGAGAUUGAGAGGAAGAGAGUGAGAAAGGGGUGUAUGCGCGUGUAUUUGUCCUGUGCGUAUGUGUGCGUGUAUGUGCGUGAAUGAAAGGGGAAGAAAAGAGAGAAGAAGAAAAGCAAGAAGGAGCGAGAGAGAGAGAGAGAGAGAGAAAGAGAAAGGGAGAGAAAGAGAGAGAGAGAGAGAGAGAAAGCCCACGAAAUUUGCCUUUUCGAUCUGGCGACGCCCCGUUGAAAACUUUUUAACUUUCGUUUCCACUUGGGCGAAAUACAUAUAUUAUAUAUAUAUAAUAUUAUAUAUUAUAUAUUACAUGUGUAUACAUAUAUAUAUUAUAUAUAUAAAUAUAUCUGUCUAAAUUCGUGUGAACAUUCUUCGGCCGUACUAGUUUCGACGAAUCGGUUGCUCUUGUUACGCGUGACGCGUAUCAAUUUACCAAUAUACUGUGCACGAUAAAGUGCGAGAGAGAAGGAUAUAGGAUAAGAUCGAUAAGAGAAGGAAGGUAUUGAUGACAGAACGAGGUAUCGCGUUCUAUCGUGUAUAGUAAAGAAGUAAGAAUGAUAAAAGAUAUUACUCAUUUAGAUUACUCGUUUUUUUUAGCGAAGACAAGAAGGCUAAAAAAAGGCUAUAAAAGGUCGGUAAAAAAGAAACGAUUUUCAAUCGUGUCUCCAAAAAGAUGCGUUUAUAUAUGUUAAGAAAAUUUAAAAAAAAAGGAAAAUUAUUAUAGAGAAAGAAAUACUUAUGGACAGGCAACGUCGAAAAACUUGCGCACACUCGGAACACUCGGGUCGAAAGAGAAACGAGCCGAGAACGAAAACGCUUAGAUGGCGCUUUCUGUGUAACAGAAUCGCUAGAGGACGCGUUUGAAUUCUCUUCUAAAAAUGAGAUCGCAUCGCGAUAUUGUACCUUAAAUCGUUAAUUACCCGGUGUUUUCCGAGUCUAAUCUCGAAUGCUCCCAAAAAGAAAAAAAAGGAAAAAAAAAAUAAUAAUAAUAUUAUAUUUGGCUCUCGACUCGAGUUAAUAUACUUAUAAUAUAAUAUAAUAUGUAGAUAUAGCCUAUAUACAUAUAUAUAUAUACAUAUAUAUACAUAUAUAUAUAUAUGUAUAUAUAUAUAUUGCGAUAGAACGCGAACAUGAUAAAUAAGCGGGGGCGAACAACGCGUUUACUGUCGGAAGGGAAACAAAGAGAGGGGGAUGGUACACUAUCAUCCCUCUUAACCCGAGAUAAAUCGUACUAGAAUGUAUUUAACAAAUGUCGUACUAUCAAUCAAUCGUACUAAUAAGCAAAAAAUUUUGAACAAGCAGUCAGGUACUGCGAAACGCACUUCGUUCACGUUACACUCGUCGUUCAGGAAACGUUUAUCGAGUUCUUUUUUUUUCUUUUUUUUUAUAAUUUUUUAUUUUUUAUUUUUAUUUUUUUUUAUUUUUUUUUUAUUUUUUUUCUUUUUACGAAAAUCACUAUUUCUUUCUUGGCGUGGACCACACACGAUCUUGUGUGAUAGAAAUGAUAAGAAAAAGAAAAAUUAGCCGACAGUUUUCCCAGAUAUUUUUUUUUUUUGCGCAACGUGUGUUCGCGAAAAAAAAACUCGUCUAAGAAAGAAAAAAGAUGCUGGAGGGAACGAAAAGAGAGAAUAAGAGAAAGAGAGAAAAAGAGGGCGUAACGAGAGCGAAGCGUCACGAAAAGCGUCACGAGACAAGAUAAUACCGAGAGAAGUAUAGCUUUUGAACCGAGAGAGCCUUGUGUUAAGUGCCUUCAAGUAAAACACUUAGAUUUUAGAAUAGACGAAGGAGAGGGGAAAAAAAAAAAGAAAAAAGAAAAAAAAAGAAAAAGAAAAAAAGAAAUCAAGAGGCGCUGGGCGCAUCCAGCUGUGAACGAAUUUCUACGGUAUUAUCGGCCGAGUGUCACCGUACAGAGAGAAACUUAAUCGCCGUUUAAUCUCGAUGGAUCUUCCUCCUUCAUCCUAUCCUUUCUGCUUUCGAAGAAAGUAAGCACGAUAAUUCAAACGAUUAUUAAAUUGUCGCUGGAUAUUUGAUUUUUCGCGAAUAAAGGACAGAGGAAGGAGGAAGUUAUCCAGCGGAAAUUAAAGCGAUCUAUCAAUUUACGAUGGUGACACUCGCCGAACAUCUUGAGACCAGUGAUAUUUUUUUAGAAAUUAUUUAUUUACGCCGAAGAAAAAACAGAAUUUAAAUCUCGAUCACUCGCCUUUAUACUGCCAAUGUAUCCGCUAAGACGUACUCAUCUUCGUUGUCGAUCCAUAUUAUAUACAUAGUGACUCCACCAUCCCCUGCGCGUUUACAUACAUACAUACAUACAUUUUGUUCCUUUUUAUCCACGAUUUUCCUAAAACACCAACUGCAAUGUGAUUCCCGAUAUGUGUUUUUUUUUUUUUUUUUUUUUUUUUUUUUUCAUUUUACUUCGAUUUCUAUUUAUUUCUUAUACGUUUCUCCUUGUUCUUUUGUUUUUUUUUCCCCCGUCCCCAUCCAUCUACCCCACCCUAGCCCCUUUUGUAUCACCUAUUAUAUUUGUUUUCUUUUUUUUUUUUUUUUUUUUUUUUAUAGUAACGAGUGUCACCGAUACUCGCGUUCCUUUACAAUGACUACUUUUUUUUUUUUUUUCGUUCGUUCGCGUUUAAUUAAAACAGUACAAUUAUCUCUAACGAAUAAAAUAGCGAAUUUACCGCGCGUGGCACGAGGCCGCGACGAAAACGAAUCGAGAUCGAGAUAUCCCUUGGCCACGGUAACUUGUUCCACUUCCGGGACAAUUUCUUCCGGUGCGCGACAUUGACGCGAGAGUGAUCUUGAUUCCACGAAUUACGUCCAUCGAUAAUCCAUCGAAACGAAAAAAAAAAAAAAAAAAACUGUCCAAUACUGGAAUACAAAAGUAUUAUUAUAUCGCGGAGUCUCGAAUUAAAUUUCACUGUUUGGCGCUACCAAGGGAAUCUCGCGCUCGAUCUUAACUACGAUAUUCUUAUAAUUAGUACAAGCACCGCUGCUGAAUUGUAUGAGGAGGAAGAGAAAGAGUAUGCGUACGUGUGUGUGCCUUUACGUGUGCAGAGACAGAAUGAGAGAGAGAGAGAGAAAGAGAGUGAGAGAAACAGAGAGCAAGAGAGAGAGAGAGAGAGAGCGAGUGAAAGUAAGCGAUUUAAUAUCAGAGAGAAAGGGACGAGAGACGAGAGAAGAAGGAGUAAAAGUAGGAGAAAGUGUAGGUAUGCGUGUAUAUCGUGUGUGUAUGCGAGAGAGAAAGAACAGAGAGCACGUAAAAAAAAUAAAAGAAAAGAAAAAAAAAAGAGUAACGCAACUACAACUUCCGCUCAGCGCCUCGAACGCAAAACAUAUUUGUAAUCGUAAUUUCUUUGUCGCCAUGUAUUUGCCAACGAACGAUGAUUUAUUAUUACAUUUUUGUCUCCAUUUUAUAUUAAUAUUAUUUAGAGAGCAAUAAUUAUUAACGAUUACGCUAUGAUGAUAACGAUAUUCUUUCUUUCUAGAUAAUUUUUUUUUGCUUGUUCUCUUGCGACGAAUCCACACAUGCAUGUAACGAAAGUAAAACGCACGCCGACGCACCCGUUUCCGAGGGGUGGCGCGGCACACGAGCAAUCGAAUUGUGCGCUCGAUUAUCGAGAUCGAAGAAAGAUCGAUCGCGGACAACGUGGCAAAUCCCUUGCCACGGGAAAGCGGGAAAAAUCGGUUUAAAUUAAGCGAUUCGUCGUAGCGACCGGUUUUUCGUGUUUUCACCAGCCGCGAAGAAGAAGCGUCGCUUGCUUGUGAAAUUUUUAUAGAACGAUCGGUCGGCCGAUUGGGCGGAAUCGCGUGAGAACGGCGCGCCAUCUUGUUUCGCCGCCAAAUUCGAAUCGCGUAAUAAAUUCGGCGCGUAUCGUACGCGAUCCAGUGAAAGUAAAAAUGGUGAAUUCGCGCGAUUCCAUCCAGCUGGCCGAUCGUUCGCGUCUUCUACAUUUUCUUACACCACUACUGUGCUUCCUUUUCAUUUUGUCUUUUUUUGUACACGUAUCGUUUCGACUUUUCGAACAUUCCAAAAUGCUUGUUUCCCUCCUUUUUUUUUUUGUCAAUUUGUAGAGAGCCUUGUAUUCGAUUUAGAGCAAAAUAAAGUCUAGAAAGGCAAA